AUGCCCCCGGCAGCUUCGGACGACUUGACGCGCCAGCAAAGCCGGUACCUUGGUGACAACCUCCCCCUCCCGGACGAUCCGAACAAGAUCUCGACAGAGAAUGACCUCGGUGGAAAGACCAAGAAAAAGAGUAAAAGCGGAUCGAAGGCGAAGGCCAAAGCUGCGAAAGCCGCCGCAAAGUCACCACCAGAGGAUCUGAUUGACACCUCGUCCCCUCCACAAGUCGAGCCAUCUUCGUGUCCCGACCCGCCCUUGGAGUCACAACCACCCCCGACUAUCGUAUCGCCGGUUUUGGAUGCUCUCGGUGCCCUCGGCGAGGCUCCAGAGAACGAUCUCACCUAUCGAACCGAUAGCUGGGCCAAAUCGGUCCCCUUUGGGAAGAGCCCACCCAAAGAUGUCGGUGAAGGGGAUCUGCCGAGUGGAUCUCCUUUUGGUUACCUCGCAACCCCUGAGAAAGGAGGCUUUAGCCAUCCGUCUUCCGCAUCACCGCCGCCUCGAACGAGACCAUUUAGCUACGGAAAUGGAUACGCGAGCAGCACCGUUUCCAGACAGCAGUCAGUAGACCGGCAGAAGAGCCAAUCUCUCAGUAGCCCGUUCAAUCAUCAUAUUCCGCCUCCCCAUAUGCCGCAGGCUCACUUUUAUGGCGCCCCCGAUAUCGAUCUCCCGGUGUAUGGGAAUAACAAUCGUUCAUCAGCGGACGGAAAUUAUUCCUUUUGUGCAUUUGACACUCUUCCCAGUCCAUCGUUUAAAGCCUCCAGAAUGGGUGGCACUGUCCUUUUGGUCGGAAUGGAUGGCGGCCUUGAGAUCCACGCUAUCGAAGAACGGAAGUCCCGCUUGGUUGGAAAACUGACAGGGCUGAACGGACGCGUGAUCGAUGCCAAGGUCCUCCCAGGUGGCUCGCCCGAUGACUCGUUAUCGUCGUCGAGGCCCCAUGUGGCCGUCGUCCUCCAUGGACCCAGUGUUUCGGACGAUGAGGGUCAUACGUCCUCUGCCGGCUCAGAGAGCAACGAGAUCCCAGCUGCCCCUAGUGGACAACAUUCGUCGGCCGACAAAAGGUCCUCCAGAGAUGAUACGCGCUUCUAUCAGACUCGAGUAGAGGUGUAUUCCCUCCGAAGCGGGGAGCAUGUCACCACACUCUUUACCGCCAGACCCUCCCCGUGUUUGGAUAACAUCCCUGGGUUGCCCAUGUUUGCCCCAGCCCCUUCGGGGAACUUGAAGCUGUUCACCAGUAGCAACUUUAUUGUUCUGGGUUCGGGGGUGAGCGGGGAGGUAUAUAUUUAUAGCAUGAAGAGUUAUCAGUGCCUCGGAAAGACAUGGACCAACAUCCACACAAGAGAAGCUCGACGGUAUUCAACUUCCUCGAGCUCGACUGAUCCAGAUGGGUCCCGUAACGACUCGCCUCAUGGGAUGGUCAAUGGUGAUGGCCCGAUUCUCGCGCUGAAAGGCCGCUGGCUCGCCAUUGUACCUCCCUCGUCUGGCUACCGGACAUCUCUUCGUGGAUCGGUGCCGCAAUCUUUGAUUCUUGGGAAGGUUUUUGGAAUCGAAACCCGCAGCCCUCCAGCUCGACCCGCGGUGAAUUGCGCGACAGACGUCGGCGAUGGAGAGAGUUUAUUUGACAAGGUUGCCCGCGGUGUCACACAAGAGCUUGUGCGAGGCGCCCGCUGGGUAGGAGAUCAAGGACUGCAAGCGUGGAACAACUACUGGAACAAGGAUCAGCCUCAGAAUUCGACACCCCGGCGAAGUAUGGUGGAUUUCCCACCGGCAGGCUACAUGUUCCCUCCAACGCAUGCGCAGGAUACGCAAACUUCCGCGCCGGCUGAGCCUGACUUGGUGUCAAUAAUUGAUUUGAAGAGGCUGGAGGAGGGUGGCGAGAUGAAGAACGCGUUGUUCAAUCCCGUUGCUACGUUCCAGGUCCCUAAUGGAUGCAGUUUUCUGUCAUUCUCACCAAACGGACUGAUGCUGCUGACCGCAAGCAAGAAGGGCGAUGUGCAAUACGUCUGGGACCUGUUCCAGGCCAAAUAUUGUCGCGCCGCGGCAUUCCUUUCCGAUAGUGCGACCGCCCCGUGUGCAAAUGUGCGACAGGUAGCACGCUUCGCGCGGUUGACGACGUCGCAUAUUGUGGAUGUGAUUUGGUGUCCUCCGUCGGGCGAUCGGCUUGCCAUCAUCACCCGUAAAGGAACGGUACAUGUGUUUGAUCUGCCGCGGACUGCUUUCCAGUGGCCUCCUUUCCGUCGCGCUCGACCGGCAUCGAACAAGCCUCCCGCGCCUGAAGUAUCAGCUGAUGACUUUAUCGAUAAACCGGCGGCUACCAACCCCUUCUCGACAGCAUUCAAGCUAGUGGGAGAUAAGACGCAGCCCAUCUUUGCAGCUGUUCGAGGCCGCACGCCCUCUGCCGCAGCCGCUUUCCCUCCGGUUGGUGGGUUCGCCAUCCCGUCUGCGGCCAGCGUGAGGAGCGGCAAGGUGGUCGCGGCAGGGUUGAGCAAAUCCAUGGGGGCAGCCACUGGCACAGUCAACACGCUUCGACACGUGGGCGAGAAUCGUCUUCACCUAAGUGGCUUAGCCCGUGAUCCGACAGCGGCACGAGUGACAUGGGUUACUCAUAAGGGGCAGCCAUUUUUAGGUGUGGUGGACAGCGGGUUUUUCCGUCUGUACCGAAUCCGACGCUCGCUUUCGGCGCACAAGAACCGACAGCUCCAGUCGAUUGUCGGAGGCAAGGAGGUGGAGUUCCGACUGCCUCCACACCUGCAGUCGCCGUGCGGGGCCAUGGCAAUGGGAGCCUUCACGGCCGAGUCGACAACGAAUGCGACGUUGGCUCUACCUUCUUCGACCGUGCGCCCGUCGCCUGGGACUCAGCUCAAAUGCCAGCCUCUAUCGCAGGCGGAGAUUGAGACCAAUGCGCCUUACCAGCCUUUCCACACGGACCAACGCGUAAACUUGUUCAUUUAUACGGAACCGAGUGACGGAGCACCCGCUGGAGACGUGCCCACGGGCCAGUGGGUCUUUGGCGAUGGUAUGGCGAUGUCCAAGCUCCACGUACGGCCAUUUAGCGCGGGUGGGGAGGAAGAGGACGACGUUGUGCACGAGCCCCAUGGCGGUUAUGGCGGAGAGAUGGAGAACUUGAUCAGUCUGGGGAGCAACACCAGCCAUGGCGAGGAGGUUGUCAUCACGACGCGGCGGAAGAAGAAGCGGUCUUCGUCGUAUGCGUCGGCUAGCUUGGGCGUGGACGACGGGUUCUUCGAAGACGACUGUGAGGUGCUGGAUUUUGCACAGGAUCGGGUUUAG